AUGACAAGGACCUUUGCUCACAGGAUGGGCCAAGGCAGCCAUGGCGAUGUCUACAGAGGCAACCUCCGCGACGCACGGCAGAUCACAGUGAAGGUGCUGAAGAACUUUAAAGGAGGCGACAAGGACUUCUUGAAGGAGGUCGAGAGCAUCGGCGCAAUAUCUCACGACAACGUCGCUCCUCUGCUGGGGUUUUGCUUGCAGGGGCCGACGAGGGCUCUGAUAUACGAGUACAUGCCCAAUGGCUCCCUGGAAAGCUAUGCUCUCAGCAGCUAUGACUCCGUGGAGGAGAACUACUCGCUAUGGCUGUACUGGGAGAAACUGUUCGACAUUGCCAUGGGCGUGGCGCGAGGUCUCGACUAUCUCCAUGGCGAUGACGGUGCUAACGGCAUGAACAUCAGCAUCAAACCCCGGAACAUUCUGCUGGAUCAGGAGCUAUGCCCAAAGAUAUCCGAUGUUGGUGUAGCAAACCUAUGCGAAGCAUCUACUCGCGGUGCGAGGGAGAGAGAUGGCUACGACGCACCUGAGGUGGUGUCCAGGAGAUUCGGGCCGGUCACUAACAAGUCCGACGUGUACAGCUAUGGCGUGAUGGUCCUGGAGAUGGUCAGGGCAAAGAGACACGUCAGGGUUGGUGCUGACACCACCAGCAAGUAUUUCGCCCAGUGGCUCUACGAGCACCUGGAUGAGUUCUGCAACAGUGUUUCGGACGUCAAUGGCGACACCAGAGAGCUUGUGAGGAAGAUGAUCAUAGUCGGGCUGUGGUGCACGCAGACCGCGCCUGCGAGUCGCCCGUCGAUGAGCGGAGUCGUCGAGAUGCUGGAGGGUAGCAGCGCGGACCUGGAAUUGCCAAGAAGAACCUCCUGA